GAGAAAAAAAGAGAUCACUGGGAUGGCAGAUCGACGUCGCGCCAUGUCGGACAGUGAGGCUGGAAAGAAGGUGGCCCUUGUUACCGGGGGCAGUCGCGGUAUUGGCGCGGCGACCUGCCGGCUUCUUGGAGCCGAAGGCUAUGCUGUUGCCAUCAACUAUCGCUCCAACAAGGCAGAGGCUGAGAAGGUCAAAGGCGCUGUCGAGGCUGCCGGUGGCAAAGCCAUUAUCGUGCAGGCCGAUGUCAGUCGGGCAGAGGAUGUCCAGCGCAUGUUUCGAGAGGUGGACGAGCAGCUGGGACCGCUGACGGCCUUGGUGAACAAUGCUGGCAUCAUGGGCAAGAAAGGCCCACUAUCGGACUUGGCUCCCGCGGAUAUUGAGGCAAUCUUUGCCACCAAUGCAUUUGGGCCGAUCAUGUGCUGCCAGGAAGCACAGCGUCGCAUGUCCACCAAACUCGGUGGCCAUGGUGGUGCCAUCGUCAACGUGUCUUCUGGCUCGGCAUACAUUGGCACGCCAAACCGGGCUGUCCUCUACGGAACGACCAAGGGAGCUCUCAACAGUUUUACGAUUGGCUUCUCGCAGGAGGUGGCUAAGGAAGGCAUUCGUGUCAAUACCGUCUCCCCUGGCUUCACCUCGACAGACAUGGUGGCAGACGUGGAUGCAGAGCACGUAGCCAAAGCCAUCCCCAUGGGCCGUCCAGCUGCACCCGACGAGAUUGCGCAAAACAUUGUGUAUUUGCUGUCGGACAAAGCGAGUUACGUAUCCGGUGCCAACCUUCGCGUGGGCGGCGGCCGCCAGUAG